GUUACAACUUACAAGAAAGAUUAGAGGAAAAAAAUUAUGGCGUCCAUUUCAAUGGCGACAAUUUCUUUGAGAGGCUACUGCUCUUGCAAUUGUUCUUCUAUCCAUAGAACCGCCGCAAGCGUCAAUUGGAGGCUAUCGCUUUCUUCUAAUCAAAAGGGACGAAGCAUUCUUCAACAUGUGAGCAAGCCAUUAUCUGCAGUUGGCUCAGGGUUGGAGGCUUCGAUUACAGAUCCAAAGGACAAUGCAAUGAACUUCAAAAAUGCAAAAAUAGUUGUAGAAUCUAAAGAAGAAGACAAAAUUCAGCUGAGAGUGGAUUUAUCUGGAGAUGAAACACAAAAAGUGUUUGAUAAAGUCUUGACAGAUUUGGGUAAAUCAGCUCCACCAAUUCCUGGGUUUCGAAGGCAAAAGGGAGGAAAAACAUCAAAGGUCCCGCGGGAUUUCCUCCUACAGAUUCUUGGUGAAGAGCGCGUUACCAAUUUUGUAAUACAAGAAAUUGUUAGCUCAUCUCUUGCUGAUUAUGUGAAGAAGGAAAAUCUGAACGUUAAGGAUAACAAAGUUAAUACUAUCCAAAAGGCAGAAGAACUCAAGAAAUUGUUCACACCAGGAACUGCUUUUGGAUUUACUGCUGUUCUAGAGCUUGAGGAAACCAAAACUGAACCAUCAAGUUAAAGGCUCCACAGAUAUGGAGAGGAUUGAUGCAACAAUGAUUUAAUUCUUU